CCAGAGGAACAGUGGGUACAGAGGACCAGUGGAGCAGUGGGUACAGAGGACCAGUGGAACAGUGGGUACAGAGGACUAAAGGAACUGUGGGCACAGAGGACCAGUGGAACAGUGGGAAAAAAAGGACCAGAGGAACAGUGGGCACAGAGGACCAGUGGAACAGUGGGUACAGAGAACCAGUGGAACAGUGGGUACAGAGGACUAGUGGGUACAAAGGACCAGAGGAACAGUGGGUAAAGAGGACCAGAUAGGAAUAGUAAUAGGAAUAGCUUGUUUCUCUUGGAACAGAGCGUAUUCCUUAACAAUUUUGGUCCGUCAGGAGUCAUAUUUACUGCCCCGUGGCCACCCUGAAAAUUCGUUUUUACUCGUAUUUCCGUAGGAAAGCCCGAGUUUUAACGCCAAAAGGGGGAUCAUGGUCCCAGGCGUUCCUUGCGUAAGCCGCGGAAAAUGA